CAGUCGUCGGGCAGGUAAUUCUUGUAGAAGAAAAAAAGGUCAUGCGGCUUCUUCCCCGCCUUUUCUACGUGGCAAUUCCAUUAUUUUGGAGCUUGCUUCCUUAUGUCAUAUCGGAGGAUCACCUUCUCCCCUUCAAGCUCUGCGGACCCGAUGAGUUGGGUGUCGAGGUGAUCCGCCUGAACGCCUGGCCGCUGGUCCCUGGGAGGGAAUUGACCAUCACCGCCAUCUACACUCCGAAUGUGACGGUGACGGGGGGAGAAGCGCUGGUAACAGUGCACGUGCUCGGGAUUCCCCUGACCGAGAGACGUGCGAUCUGCCACGAGUCCGGUGUGCACUGUCCCCUCCUGCCGCAUCACUCCACAACCUCCGUCAUCCAUGCCCACGUCCCGGGUCUCACGCCAGGCUUCGGAGUGGACGCACGUGUUGAAUUGUUUGAUGGGAGGGGUAGACGGUUGACUUGCCUGGACGCGCGGGUGGAGGUCCGCACCCACCCCUUGAUCGGAGUACCUAGCUGGUCGAAACCCUCCUUGGCUUUGUCGCCCACCUUGUCUCCCGAUUCCCCCACCACCACCCCCUUCGCUUCCUCAUCUUCGCCCGUAGUUUCCUCUCUCUCCUCGUUGCUUUCCUCCCUGCCUGCGCAGUCGGCAGCAGUGGCUUUGAGCUCUACAGAGGAUGGCACCACAGGAAUCAAACAAGCGUUGGAUCAGUUUAUAAAAUUGAGACAUCAGGACUUCGCAGUUGAGGCGCAGGACCCAAGAGACGAAAGCACAAGCGAUAGAAAUGGACCAUUACGUGAGGAUCAUGGGGACAGGAUACGCUUGCGAAGGGAGUGAAAGUACUUUAACUUUUACCCGUACAGAGCGCAUGAUGCCCUCCGCCACGUUCUAGGCGGCUACCUGCUUUAAAGCGGGAGAUCAUCCGACUCACGACUGAUAUGCCUCAAUAAAUUGUACGUAAGUUCAUUUUGCUGAAGCAGGGCGUGGAUAGAUCGACCCGUCAAUAUGGGACAGUUCCCCCUCCUUUUUGGAUGGGGUACUUAUGCCGGGGUAUCAGUCUGCAAGCUCCUGUGGCCGCUGACAGAUCUUAAAGCAUCAUCG